GUCGAGAAAGAAGCUGCUAUACUCAUGUACGGACCUGGACCGCAUAUACUUACUCAUGCGGUCCAAAAAGGGCGUCAAGUCGGAGGACCGGUUAGCGGACCUCUACUCCACUAAUUAUCUCUACGACCGUUUGAAGAGAGAAAGACCGGGCGUGUUCGAAUCUAAAGUUCACGUGAUAGCCGGAGACAUACUGGAAAACGGAUUAGGACUUUCCGAGGAAGACCGCACUCUCCUUGUCAACCGAGUCAACAUCAUAUUCCACGUCGCGGCCAGUGUUAGAUUCGACGACCCUCUGACAUUUGCUUGCAAAUUGAACUUGCGAGGGACGAAAGAAAUCGUUGAUUUGGCGAGAGAAAUUACCGAUCUAAAGGCUCUAGUCCACGUCUCUACAUCGUACUCUAACACCAACAGAGACCCCAUUGAGGAGGUGAUGUACCCCCCUCACGCUGACUGGCGGGAUACUCUCAAAGUGUGCGAGAAUAUCGACGAACAUACAUUGAGGAUCGUUACGCCUAAGUACCUCGGCGUGCUGCCAAACACCUACGUCUUUUCGAAGCAAUUGGCCGAGCAUGUUGUGUACGAGCAAAAGGGGCAGCUCCCCGCCGUCAUCAUCAGGCCUUCCAUUGUAAUUUCAAGUGUCUCCGAGCCGAUGCCGGGAUGGAUUGAAAACUUCAACGGACCAGUUGGGAUCCUUGUCGCCUGUGGAAAAGGGAUCAUGCGGAGUCUAUACUCGGAUCCAUCCCUCAUAGCUGACUACAUACCUGUCGAUGUCUCUAUCAAGAAUAUCAUCACUGCUGCUUGGGCUAGAGGAACUAAACCCCUGGAGCCCACAGACGACAUCGAGAUCUACAACUCCUGCGCAGGAAAACUGAACAACAUAACAAUGGGGGAGCUAGUUGAGACCGGCAAGAGAAUGGGGGCGGAGGUCCCCCUUAACGACAGUUUGUGGAUGGUGGGGGGGUCCAUUACCACCUCUAAAACUAUACAUUACAUCAAGGUUUUAUUUUUGCACCUUAUACCGGCUAUUUUCAUCGAUAUCGUUCUGUGGAUACUCGGAAAGAAACCUAUGCUAAUAAAAGUGCAAAGGAGAAUUUAUAUUGCGAAUCUGGCACUCCGCUACUACGUGACCAAGCAAUGGACUUUCGCCAACCAGAACUUUGUGAAGCUUAGAUCCAGGAUAAAAAAAGAAGACAAGGAAGAGUUCUACUACGACGUUGAAAACGUGGAUAAAUACGAUUACUUCAUGCAGUGCAUCAUUGGCGGCCGCAAAUACUUGCUGAAGGAAAAAGACGAGGACUUACCCAAGGCCAGGGCGCACUAUCAAAGAGUAUACUGGAUGGACAAAUUCGUCAACUGCGUUUUCUACGGAUUCAUAUUCUGGAAGGUUGUCAAUUCAAGUUAUCUUCAGGAGUUCAUAAUCGGUUUCAAGGAACUAUUCUAAUGUUUUAAUUUGAGUCAAUUCUGGUAAAUUUGUAUUUUAUAACAGUCGCAG